AUGUUUCUCAAUGGAUUGUAUACGAAUGGCUACACGUGCAGAGUUCUAUUUGCUAGAAAAGUGCUUCCGUCAUCACCAGAAGACAAUAUCUGUCUAGAGUUGAACGAUUUUACAAGCGAAGAGGUGGACAGGUAUUUCCGUCCAUGUACUGUAGACCCAGGAAGACGGGGUCCUUUUGUCUCUUAUCACGGUGGCACUGACAUACAUCGCUUGUCCUCAAUCGAAUAUUACAAUAUGGGUGGAAGUGUAAGACGAAUGAAAGAGCAACAGAAGCAUAAACAGAGACUAGGUAUUGAAAAGAUUGAAACAGACAUUCCUUCGCCUAAAACUGUGUCGGUGGAACAAUUUGUUUUGUAUAUAACUUACAUGCUGUAGCACAUGAAUACUUUGCUUAAUUUCUACAGCUUUGAAACUUCUAAGAUUAAAUGGUUGAACUACCUUAGUUCCCAAAAAGCCAUCCAAGAAAGUGUCAACAUCUUAUUAAAUGGUGGAAAGAAGUAUAAUAAAAGCAGGAGAAAGAAGACAAAGGAAAACAGAAAAAAGAAGGAGGAAAAUUCGCAAGCCUCGUACUGCUCAAGAAGAAAGAGUACUCACCACCAUCCCAAAAUCAGAAAGGUAUACAAUUUUUUUUUAUUAUUAUUAUU